AUGUCGCAGAUUUUGCCCAUCAAGUUUCAGGAGCAUCUCCAGCUGACCCAAAUCGGGAUCAACCAGUCGAGCAUCAGUUUCAACAUGCUCACCAUGGAGAGCGACAAGUUCAUCUGCAUCCGCGAGAAGCAAGGGGAGACCGCCCAGGUGGUGAUCAUCGACAUGGCCAACCCGCAGACGCCGAUCCGCCGGCCGAUCAGCGCCGACUCCGCCAUCAUGAACCCCUCGACGAAGGUGAUCGCACUGAAGGCGACGCGCACGCUGCAGAUCUUCAACAUCGAGAUGAAGUCGAUGAUGAAGGCGCACACGAUGACGGAGGACGUCGUCUUCUGGAAGUGGAUCAACGUCAAGACGAUCGCCCUCGUCACCGAGAAGGCCGUCUUCCACUGGUCGAUGGAGGGCGACUCGACGCCGACCAAGAUCUUCGAGCGCCACGCCAACCUCAACGGCUGCCAGAUCAUCAACUACCGCGCCGACCACCAGCUGAAGUGGCUGGUGCUGAUCGGCAUCGCCGCCCAGAGCAACCGCGUCACCGGCGCCAUGCAACUCUACUCGGUGGACCGCAAGGUGAGCCAGCCGAUCGAGGGCCACGCCGCCUCCUUCGCCCUCUUCAAGAUGGAGGGCAACCCCGAGCCGUCCAAUCUCUUCAGCUUCGCGGUGCGCUCCCCCACCGGCGGCAAGCUGCACAUCAUCGAGGUGGGCACCGCUCCCACCGGCAACCAGGCCUACACGAAGAAGCAGGUGGACGUCUUCUUUCCGCCCGAGGCGCAGAGCGACUUUCCCGUUGCGAUGCAGAUGUCCACCAAGUUUGACAUCAUCUACCUGAUCACCAAGUACGGCUACAUUCACCUCUACGACAUCGAGUCGGGCACCUGCAUCUACAUGAACCGCAUCAGCGCCGACACCAUCUUCGUCACCGCGCCCUACGAGGCCACCAGUGGCAUCAUCGGCGUCAAUCGCAAGGGCCAGGUGCUCUCGGUGAGCGUCGACGAGACCAACCUCAUUCCCUACAUCCAGGGGACGCUGCAGAACUCGGACCUGGCGCUGCGCAUUGCCUCGCGGAACAACCUCGCCGGCGCCGACGACCUCUUCAUCCUCAAGUUCAACAACCUCUUCAACUCGGGCCAGUACAUUGAGGCGGCGAAGGUGGCCGCCAGCGCCCCGCAGGGCAUCCUCCGCACGCCCGCCACCAUUCAGCGCUUCCAGUCGAUGCCCACGGCGGCCGGCCAGUCCUCGCCCCUUUUCCACUACUUUGGCAUUCUCCUCGACCAGGGCAAGCUGAACAAGUACGAGUCGCUGGAGCUGUGCAAGCCCGUCCUUCAGCAGAAUCGCAAGCAGCUGCUGGAGAAGUGGCUGAAGGACGACAAGCUGGAGUGCAGCGAGGAGCUGGGCGACAUCGUCAAGGCGAUCGACCCCACCCUCGCCCUCUCCGUCUACCUGCGCGCCAACGUGCCCAACAAGGUCAUUCAGUCCUUCGCGGAGACGGGCCAGUUCAAGAAGAUCAUCCUCUACGCGAACAAGGUCGGCUUCGCGCCCGACUACAUUGCCCUCCUCCGGCAGAUCGUCCGCAGCAGCCCCGACAAGGCGAGCGAGUUCGCCCAGUCGCUGGUGGCCGAGGAGGAGCCCCUCGCCGACAUCGGCUCCAUUGUGGACGUCUUCAUGGAGGCGAAUCUGGUGCAGCAGUGCACCAGCUUCCUCCUCGACGCCCUCAAGAACAACCGGCCGGAGGAGGCCGCCCUGCAGACGCGCUGCCUGGAGAUGAACCUGCUGACGGCGCCGCAGGUCGCGGACGCCAUUCUCUCCAACAAGAUGUUCACCUACUACGACAAGGCGCACAUUGCGCAGCUCUGCGAGAAGGCCGGCCUGCUGCAGCGCGCCCUGGAGCACUACACCGACCUCUACGACAUCAAGCGGGCGAUCGUCCACACCCACCUCCUCAACCAGGAGUGGCUGGUCAACUACUUUGGCACGCUCUCGGUGGAGGACUCGCUGGAGUGCCUCAAGGCGAUGCUCACCAACAACAUUCGCCAGAAUCUGCAGAUCUGCGUGCAGGUGGCGGGCAAGUACCACGAGCAGCUGACCACCGACGCGCUGAUUGAGCUCUUUGAGUCCUUCAAGAGCUACGAGGGCCUCUUCUACUUUCUCGGCUCGAUCGUCAACUACAGCCAGGACGCCGAUGUGCACUUCAAGUACAUUCAGGCCGCCUGCAAGACCGGC